AUGAAAUUCGCUGUAUUCUUAUUAAAUCAUAUUAUACCAGAAUGGGCAUUAAUGUAUUUGAAUUACAAGGCAGUAAAAGCGUAUCUAUCAACCUCAGGAGCACUCAAAGACUUCUUAUUGUAUGCCAAAAAAACAAAAACUCCUUAGGAGUACAAGGAAAUAAAGAAAAUUGUUAUGGAAAAAACAUAUAUAAUUUCCAAAAUAACCGUAGAUUAGAAGGAAUUUAAUAAAAAGUUUACUUUAGAGUUGAUAAAGGUCAGAUCCUUUGUGAAUGCAAAAUAUAAUGAUUUAAAGGGAAAAACUUAUAAAUUGCAAUUAUAAAUUUUGUCAAUGAAUAGAUAUCAAAGGUAACUAGAGAGAAGCAAGAAGCGAUCAUUAAUCAGAUCAAACUCUUAAGUCUCUGAAGAGUUAACUGAAUAAUUAACUAACCAAUAAAUCAAGAUCCGAGAGUCUGAUUUUAAUCAAAAAAGUAAGAAAUUGAAAGAAUUAUGUUUUCAAUUAUAUAAUGAAGGGGUUAAUUUUGAAAAGUACUUAUCAAUAAAUCAAGAAGCAAUUCGUAAACUCAUUAAGAAAUAGAAUAAGAAAUAUAUAAAGCUUAAUUAGGAGUAAAUUAAUAUAGAUGAAUGCAAGAAAUUGGUAUCAGAAAUAAAUUUUGAUUCAAGAUAAAAUAAAGUGAAACAAUUGCUAUUUCAAGUAGAGAAAUACCUUUUAAAACACUUCUAUUAAGCUAAAUAAAAGAUUUGCAAAGAAUAACUACGUAAAUACCAAUUUUAGAAUGGCAAAAACAACAAAGCUUGGUUUUAGUUUGGCUUAUUCACUGGGUUUUCCUUAAUGUUAAUGUCUUUCAUAAUAUUCCUAGCAACUCAAAAAUAGUUAGACAUUUUAACCAAUACUCUUAUAUAUGAAUCAUUCCCUAUAUACAGAGGGGCCUUAUUGUUUAUCUUGUAUUAUUGGUCCUUAACUAUAGUUAUUCACCUAUGGAAUUUAUCGAAGAUCAAUUAUAAAUUAUAUUUUAGCUUUAAUCAUCAUUUCUCAACAAUCAACGAAUAAUUAAAACGAGUGAUGACUUUGACCUCAAUCUUUUUGUUGGUUAGCUUGUUUUAUUUAUGCGAUGUUUCUAAAUUGGGUGUCAUAUUUUCGAAUCUUAAAGGAGAAGAGUAUUUCCCUUUGGUAAUCUGGGCAUCUCUUUUGGCGACAGUUGCAUUCCCUUCAAAAAUCUUUAUCAAUGGAAAAGGUAGGAUAUGGCUUUAUCGUAAUUUAUGGCAAUCCAUAAAUCCUAAACUGAUAGAUUAGCGUCAUUUUUUCAUAAUCAGUCAAUUUACUUCUUUAAUUAUCCCCUUUACUGACUUAACAUAUACGAUAUGUGAAUAUUCGAAAGGAAUCAAGAAUCAAGAAGAGAAUGACAACGAUUAAUAUGAUGAAUGCUUCUUCAUUUCAAGAUAUUUCACUUUAGCAUUAGUGCUAUUUCCAUACUUCAUUCUAACAAUAUAAAUUUUAUUCCUAACCUAAAAAUAAUAGAACAUUAAACUGUACUCCAUAGAAUUCAUACGAAAUAUAUUAUCGAUUGCUCUGAUAAUUUUUGCCACUUUGUCGUAUUAGGAACCUAACUUUUUCUAUUACUGGUUAGGAAUGGCAGUAGCUAUUGGCUUUCUAAAUAUAAUUUUUGCUAUUAAGAAGUGGAACUAUUUGGAUAUAAAAAUAAAGAGGAAAAAACGAUCGAUCUCUUAUAAAUAAAAAUUAGUAUUACUAUACAUACCCUUUGGAAUUAUUUAACCAGUGUCCAUAUCAUCUUCUAUCUUUGGAUGCUUGGAUAAGAAUGAAUAGCACAGUCUUCUUAUUUUAUACAUUGGAAUUGCAGAAUUGAUAAGAAGAAUGAUAAUUAACUAUUAUACUGUUGAUGCUGAACACUUUAGAAAUAAACUGAAGUAUUAGACAGUUGGCGAAUACGAGUUUCCAUUUGAAGAAUGUUGCACAAAGAUACAAAAAUACUAGUUAUUAUAAUACGAAUCCGAUGAUAGUGACAAUGAUGAGAAGGAAUUCUAGGGAGUUAGCAAAGAAAAAAGUGGCGAAGAUCCUGUUAUCCCUGCUCAAAAUGAAAUAAGAAGUAGAGCGGAUAUUGGACUGUUCAUCUAGGGCAAGUCCACUUUUAACCAAUUAAACAAUUCUGAGGCCCCAUCCUAAGGAAAUUAGUUGAAGAUUUCCGAAUUGAUAGUUAAGGAUUCGGAAAAGGUUUUGGGGGAUAGUUUUAUCAAUUACGACAUCAAUAAUUUUAAACCAGAUGAAUUAAAUUCAUUAAUUAAUUGCUAAUAAAUAUCGGAGAGUGAUUUGCAGAGUUUGCAUAUUAAUAAUAAGAACUCUAAGAAGGAGAUUAGUAAGUUGUAUGAAGAGUUUGGCAUAAAAAUUAAAUAAUGA